AUGUCCAGUGAGACACUAAUAAUUCUUUGGGAAGACUCUGAUACCAUCCACUGUCUGUCAGCAGCAAAGAAGAAUGAGAUCCAAUACUUGAUGGAUAUGUUGAAAAGGGUGGAAGAACAGAAAUGCAUCAUCAGUGCUCGUGUUGAACUCCUACGAAAGGAAACACAAGAUUUCUCAGGAGCUGCAGAUGCCAUUGAGAAGCAAUACUGUGAUCCAAUGAUCCACGAUUAG